UGCGCAGCCUGGCCUAGCGCGGUCAAAUUACAAUACAUAAAGUUGUCGGGGCGGAGAGGAAGGCGUUACUCUUCUCGGACUGCCGGUUCGCUCGCGAGACUUGAGCGUUGCUAGGAGAUUCGGCAGGCGGGCGGAGCCAGACUCGGCGGGGCGGGGAGGGGCGGGGCCACACUCUGCGAGGCGGGGAGGGGUGGGGCCAGGCUUGGCGGGUGGAGCGUGCUCGCGGUGGGCGGUGGCGGCGGCGGCGGCCUCGCGAAGGUUCCAGAUCCGUCGCGUGCGGGAGGCGGGCCGCGAUCUCGCGCAGGGUCGGUGUGCUCGCGGGCUGCGGCGCCGCGACUCGUGCGAGUGGGCGUCUGCGCUCGGUUUGAGGGCUCCGCGCGGCGUUUCCUGUUCUCUCCUCUGCGCGGCUGCAGCUCGGGCCUUCGGCCUGAUCCAGCCCCCAUGGCUUCAGAAGAGCUACAGAAAGAUCUAGAAGAGGUAAAGGUGUUGCUGGAAAAGGCUACUAGGAAAAGAGUACGUGAUGCCCUUACAGCUGAAAAGUCCAAGAUUGAGACAGAAAUCAAGAACAAGAUGCAACAGAAAUCACAGAAGAAAGCAGAACUUCUUGAUAAUGAAAAACCAGCUGCUGUGGUUGCUCCCAUUACAACGGGCUAUACAGUGAAAAUCAGUAAUUAUGGAUGGGAUCAGUCAGAUAAGUUUGUGAAAAUCUACAUUACCUUGAGUGGAGUGCAUCAAGUUCCCACUGAGAAUGUGCAGGUGCAUUUCACAGAGAGGUCAUUCGAUCUUUUGGUAAAGAAUCUAAAUGGGAAGAGUUACUCCAUGAUUGUGAACAAUCUCUUGAAACCCAUCUCUGUGGAAGGCAGUUCAAAAAAAGUCAAGACUGAUACAGUUCUUAUAUUGUGUAGAAAGAAAGUGGAAAACACAAGGUGGGAUUACCUGACCCAGGUUGAAAAAGAGUGCAAAGAAAAAGAGAAGCCCUCCUAUGACACUGAAACAGAUCCUAGUGAGGGAUUGAUGAAUGUUCUAAAGAAAAUUUAUGAAGAUGGAGAUGAUGAUAUGAAGAGAACAAUUAAUAAAGCCUGGGUGGAUCAAGAGGAGAAAGCAGCAAAGGGAGACACGGCAAAUUUUGAGACUUUGGAGUCCUUUUGGGCACUGUUGGAUGGUGAUGUGGAAAUACUGAUUGUUUCCAGUAAGGAAUAUUGGUUGAGCUGCAUAUAUAAUAUUUGA